AUGUCAAUAUCUCUCGACAUGGAGUCCGCAAAAGCCCGCAAGCAGCCCGCUGCGUCCUCCUCCUCUAACCCAUCCUGCUCGGUCAUCGUCCCAGCUUUCCGCGAAAACCUCAACAUCCGUCCCCUCGUAACACGCUUAUUCCAAGCCUUCUCCUCUCACCCUCAAUCGUCCGACCUCGGCGAGGUCGAAGUCCUUAUCGUCGAUGACAAUUCUCGCGAUGGCUCAGUAGAAACUGUCUCCCAACUUCAAUCGGAAGGCUACAAGGUUCGCAUUAUUGUUCGCACAUCGGAACGUGGUCUCUCUUCCGCCGUCGUCCGGGGCUUCAGAGAGGCACGGGGAGAAAGAAUGAUCUGCAUGGACGCCGAUCUUCAACACCCACCUGAAGCGGUUCCUUCUCUCUUACUCUCCAUUAAUGACCGAAAACAGUUCGUGUUGGGUACAAGGUACGGUGAAGGUGUAAGCAUGGAUAAAGACUGGCCUUUGCAUCGACAAAUCAUCAGCUCGGGUGCGAGAUUGCUAGCGAGACCGCUGACAUCGGCGUCAGACCCAAUGUCUGGCUUCUUUGGCAUUUCCAAAAGGGCAUUCAGUAAUGCCGAUCAGAACAUCAAUGCGCAAGGAUUCAAGAUUGCUUUGGAUUUGCUAGUCAAAAGUGGAGUACCAAAUGCAGGGAUUGCCGAGGUACCAUUCAGUUUCGGUCUGAGACAAGAGGGAGAGAGCAAGUUGGAUGGGAAGGUCAUGUUGAAGUAUUUGGAGCAGUUGGCAGAGUUGUAUAGGUACAGAUAUGGAACAGUGCCGUUGUUGUUCGUUUUCAUCGUGCUGUUGGUAUUGGCGCUGUAUAUUUGGGCUCAUGUUAUUUCACCGCUUUUGUUCGGGUGA